GUAUUCGUAUUACAAUACAUGAACCACGUGAUGUUGGCACUACCAAUAGAACUACUCAAAGAGUCUGUAAAGAUUAUAUUUUUGGCAAAACAAUUCGAUUCUAUGUUGAAUUACAAGAAAAAAUUGACAAUUUAAAUUUAUUACAAAAAGAAUUUGAAUUGAUCAAAGAACAAGAGAAAAUUAAUAUUUUA